UAUGUUAAUAUUAUAACCAACAAUAACGACCAUAGAAAUCGGUACAGGGACAGGGAAACGGUAACGGAAAUGGAUGAGGUUAAAGAAGCCAAGGUGGCCUUAAAUCAUAAGCAAUGCAGUGAUUUUUUAAUUUUAAAUGCCAGAAAUAUUGAAAAGUUAAAAGUGCAUUCGGAAUACUUCUACCAUCAAAAGGAACUGGGCAUUUCGUUUAAGAAUGUGCAAUUGUUUUGUAAUUUAACAGAGCUAACUUACUAUCGCCUGAUACUGAACGAUGACCAAAUGCUAAUGUUGUCCACAAAAUGUAAGAAAUUGAAAAAAUUACAUUUACUAGAAUGCUACAAUGAGUACUUGACGCCUCUUAUACCGGGAGAACAUUUAAAUUUGGAAUAUAUUUACGAAAUGAAGCAGUUGCAGGAGUUUGUGAUACAUACGGACCCAACUGCCGAGGCAGUAAUCAAAUCCUAUCAUCUGCAAGAGAUUUUUAUAAAUUUAAAGCUGAAGAAAUUGAUUUUGAAAAAUUUCACCAUAGAUGACAAUGAUGCGGAUACGGUAAAGAACAUAAGAGAUACCUUGGAAGUGCUGAAUAUGGGUUUGAUAUCUGUGCGCUUUUGGCCCAGUUUUAUGCACUAUCUCAAUCAUUUUCAAAAACUCAAAGAGCUGUACAUCAAUGUCAGCGAUUGUAAUACCACUUUAGAUGUACAAGUUAUAGAUAUUUUGGCCACCAAAUUAAAACAUUUGGUGAGAUUGUCUUUGGAAAAGUGUGAUUUGUGUGUGGAGGAUUUUGGUGUUUUGAAAACUUUAAAACACUUGUCGCUGACCUCGUGUGGUGGCCUGACAUUUGCCAAUUUUCAACAGAUUCUGGGCGCCUUAACCCUAAAAUCAUUCUCUAUGAUUAAUACCCGCAUUUAUGGCGUCAUAAAUCAUAUUUAUGUUUCACCCUCUCUGGAAAAGAUCACCAUUGAUACCAUUCGUUUUGCUGAAAUAUCACAUGCCUUUCAAAAGUCCCUAAAUAAUUUUGAAAACUUGCACACUUUAGAAUGGCUAAAUGGUGACAUAAAUGACAAUUGGAUUAUAGAUAAAUGCCCCAAAUUGGAAUAUCUGCACAUACCCAAUCCAUAUUUAUUGAGACGCAUUGUUUUCACCAUGAAAUCUCUUAAGGAACUGACUUUCACUUCCUGCAAGGGUCUCUCAUGGUGUUUCAUCUUGAUUUUGAUACGCAAUUUGACUUUGGAACGUCUGUGCCUGCAAACCAACGAAAUCAUUGAUGAUGAAAAAGAAAUUCCUACGAAUGCUUAUGAUGUAAAAACCACAUUGCGAAUGAUCAUAAUACCGUGUAAUAUUUUUAAAAUGGCUCAAUCAUUUUGGCUUGAUCUGCUGUAUCUGAAUGAGGAGUUGCGUUUUUCGAUUUAUGGCAAACAUGAAGAGCUAUUGGAUGGUAUAUUUCUGGAUGAGUUGAUUUGCUGUGAGAGGUUUUGCCGGAGAGUGAAGUCGAUUGAGAUAUGUGGCUUUAAAUUAGAUUGCCUUGAUUUGCAGGAUAAUUUCAACAAUGCCUUACAUCAAGUAAAUAAAUACACAAGUCAUUAUAGAUUUAAAAAAACAAAUUUUACCUUGGAAAUGUAGAAUUUUAUUAAAGGAAAUAAUAUUGAUAUUCAACAACUUGGGAACUAACUAUCUUUAUAAAUUUUGAAUUUCAUCAGAUAUCACAAACAAAUUGACAUUGGAUCUUCCGAUUUUGCUUAUAUUCGGUAAACCCAUAUCCCUUCUAGUCCUUUGGAUAUUUGCAUUUUAAUUUUUUCUAAUUUUGAAAAAACUGGCGAUUUCAAUUCGAGUACACACAGAAAACAGAUUCGUGAUAGCAACCGAAUUUGUUGCCAAUCGAAUGAUUCGGUCGUACAUAUAGAAUUUUUCGGUUUUAUCAACAGAAAGUCAGUUGAUAAAGAAGAAUUUCAGUUGAAGAAACCAAUCUUUGGUUACUCCUUCUAAAAUUCGGUCACUAAGGCAGAAUCAUUCGAUUGGCAAAAAAUUCGGUUGCUAUCACAAAUCUGUUUUCUCUGUGUAAAAAUCAGUUUUUCGAAAUUUAAAAAAAUGGAAUUGUCCAAACGACUCGAAAGGGUAUGUGUUUAACGAAUAUAGUCAAAAUCUGAGGACCCUCUUAAAUAAAUACUAUUAAGUAAUACUCGUGUCAAUAAAAUCUCUCAAAUUAUAAGCAUGAAUAUUGUUUUAUCUCAAACUAAGGCUAGACUUACUAAAAUAUGAAAUCAAACCAGAAGCCUAA